UAUCUGGACUGCAAGCCUACACUGAUUUGAGAGGGAGAUGACUUGAGUGGCCAGCUUUUAUCUCCACAACAAUGUCCAUGAACAAUUCCAAACAACCAGUGUCUCCAAUAGCUGGACUCCUUUCAAACACAACCUGCCAGUUGGGAAACCGACUUUCAGUAUUUUUUUCAGUAGUCUUCAUGACAGUGGGAAUUUUAUCAAACAUCUUGGCCGUUGCCAUUCUCAUGAAGGCGUAUCAGCGAUUCAGACAGAAAUCCAAGGCUUCGUUUUUGCUUUUGGCUAGUGGCCUGGUGAUCACAGACUUCUUUGGCCAUCUUAUCAAUGGAGCUAUAGCAGUAUUUGUAUAUGCUUCUAAUAAAGACUGGAUUCGCUUUGACCAAUCAAAUGUCCUUUGCAGUAUUUUUGGUAUCUGCAUGGUAUUUUCUGGUCUAUGCCCACUUUUUCUAGGCAGCGCGAUGGCCAUUGAGCGAUGUAUUGGAGUCACCAAACCAAUAUUUCAUUCUACGAAAAUUACAUCUAAACAUGUGAAAAUGGUGUUGAGUGGAAUAUGCUUGUUUGCUAUCUUUAUAGCUUUGCUUCCCAUCCUUGGGCUUCGAGACUAUAAAAUUCAAGCAUCGAGGACCUGGUGUUUCUACAAAACAGAACACAUCAAAGACUGGGAAGAUAGAUUUUAUCUUCUACUUUUUUCUUUUCUGGGGCUCUUAGCCCUUGGUGUUUCACUUUUGUGCAAUGCCAUCACAGGAAUUACACUGUUAAAAGUUAAAUAUAAAAGUCAGCAGCACAGACAAGGCAGGUCUCAUCAUUUUGAAAUGGUCAUCCAGCUCCUGGGUAUCAUGUGUGUCUCCUGCAUUUGCUGGAGUCCAUUUCUGGUGACAUUGGUCAGCAUUGGAAUAUAUGGAAGUCGUUCUCAGGAGACCUGUGAAACAAUACUUUUUUCUCUCCGCAUGGCAACAUGGAAUCAAAUCUUAGAUCCUUGGGUGUAUAUUCUUCUGCGGAAGGCUGUCCUUAAGAAUCUCUACAAGAUUGCCAGACGCUGUUGUGGAGAGCGAGUCAUCAGCUUACGUAUUUGGGAGCUUAGCUCCAUUAAAAAUUCCUUAAAAGUUGCUGCUAUUUCUGAGUCACCACUUGGUGAGAAAAUAAAUCAGCAAGUACCUAGUUUAAUAGGACAGUGAUUGGUUGCAGGUUGAGGCUAAAAUUAAGAAAAGUACUGGCAAUGUUUCAGUUAAAUGGAUACAUAUAUAUAACCUAACUGGAAAAUUCAGACAUCAGCAUGUAGUUUG